AUGGCUAAGCUAUCUGGCCUGCAACGAGAUGUACUAGCGCUCUACCGCCAAUGCCUGAGGGCGGCGAGAGCGAAGCCUGCUGAAACUCGAAAGAACUUUGAAGACUUUGCGCGAAAAGAAUUCCGGGAACACAUCCACCUCAACAAGAAAGACUUCUCGACAAUUGAGUACAUGCUUCGCCGCGGCAAUCGGCAACUCGAAAUCUACGCCGAUCCGGUCAUUACCAAACGAGCACUCCCACUCCGAACAUCACCAACAACCCGCAAAAUGUCUCUCUUCCGCCCCUUCUUCAACACCACCAACUCCCAUCAAAACGACCUCUUCUCCCUCCUCAACCUUCUCGAGGAGCCAGUCAACCGCCCGCAGUCCCUGCGCCGCCGUCUCGCCGAGACCCAAACCUUGACCUUCGCUCCCAAGUUCGACAUCAAGGAAACCAAGACCGGCUACGAGCUCCAUGGCGAACUCCCCGGCAUCGAGCAGAAGAACAUCGAGAUCGAGUGGUCCGAGGGCAACGUCUUGAGCAUCCACGGCCGCACCGAGUACAACCGCAGCGAGGGCGACGCCUCGGAGAAAGUCCAGGAAGAGGGCUGGGAGACCGCCGAAGCCCAGGAGCACGAAUCCGAGAACGGCUCUGAAUCGCACUACCACAAGGCGACUGUCGAGGACGCCGCCGACCCGGCUGACUCGAGCACUGCCCCUGCUGCUACCGAGACCGAGAAGACGGAGGUCGCGAAGACACCGGCUGCAGAGGUCGCGGCGCAGAAGCCGAAGCCGCAGCCGACUUCCAGGUACUGGAUCACCGAGCGCUCGGUUGGCGAGUUCCAUCGCUCGUUCAGCUUCCCGACGCUGGUUGACCAGGAGAAUGUGAAGGCGAGCCUCAAGAAUGGUGUCCUGAGUGUCUUCAUCCCGAAGAAGGCGAAGCAGCAGGUUCGCCGCAUUCAAGUCGAGUAA